UGAACUUUAUAGAAGUUGUAAGCUUCAAAAACACCAACGGCUUCAAUUCCAACCACUGUGAAAGACUGUGCUUUGAACUCUCUCUCUCUCUCUCUUCUCUUCAACACCAACAUUAAUUCAUUCCUACAUUCUAGAGAGAGAAAGAGAUGACUGGGCUUGUAAUGGUGACGAGGGGAGGAGGGUGCGGUGGUAAUUUGAAAGGGGUCAAAGGAGGGUCAACGAAGGAGGAGGAGCAGAACCAGCUCUCUCUGGUGGACUUUCUCUUGUCUGCUAUAAGGAAAUCCAUGGUGGCUUGCCGGGUUGAGCAAGGCGAGGAAAUGAUCUCGGCCGUCCAGAACUUGGACAUCGGGUGGCCCACCAAUGUCCGGCACAUUACGCAUGUCACAUUCGACCGCUUCAAUGGGUUUCUGGGACUUCCUGUUGAGUUUGAGGUUGAGAUUCCUGGUCGUGUUCCGAGUGCUAGUGCAAGUGUGUUUGGAGUCUCAGUGGAUUCAAUGCAGCUGUCCUUCGAUUCAAGAGGGAAUAGUGUGCCUACAAUUCUGCUUCUAAUGCAGGAGAGGUUAUAUGCACAAGGAGGAUUGAAGGCUGAAGGAAUAUUUCGUAUAAACCCAGAGAAUGGCCAAGAGGAGAUUGUGAGAGGCCAAUUGAACAGGGGCAUUGUGCCGGAUGACGUUGAUGUUCAUUGUCUGUCUGGUCUGAUUAAGGCCUGGUUUCGAGAGCUUCCUUCAGGAGUGCUAGAUGGACUAUCCCCCGAACAAGUUCUUCAGUGUGAGACAGAAGAGGACUGCGUUGAGCUUGUGAAGCAGUUAAAGCCAACUGAGGCUGCAUUGCUCAAUUGGGCUAUUGAUCUGAUGGCCGAUGUUGUUGAGGAAGAAGAAUUCAACAAGAUGAAUGCAAGAAACAUCGCUAUGGUUUUUGCCCCAAACAUGACUCAGAUGUCUGAUCCAUUAACGGCUUUGAUGCAUGCGGUUCAAGUAAUGAAUUUGCUUAAGACCCUGAUCACGAAAACACUAAAUGAGCGUGAAGAGACUGAAAGCGGAUCAUAUUCACAGUCCCCAAUGUCAUCUUGUUCAUCUGAGGGUCAAACAGAUGACUUUGAUAGUCAGCACGAGGUUGAAAGCAGCUCCACGUUAAUCAAGACUUCACCAACAUCAGAUUAUGAUGAAAAUGGCAGCAGCAGCAACAACAGUGAAGAUGAAUCUGAAGUCAAGUUACUGAAUGACAUAGAAGAAUGCUUACGACAAUUGGAUGAGAAUAAACUUUCAACAAAUGGCUUGGUAAUGUUGGGUGAACUAACAUGCGAGUUGCAAGGUGAGUCUUUGAGUCCUCAGUGCUGCUCUAAUGUGGAGUCCGCCACAUCCUUUACUGAUAGCAAAAAUAGGGAUUCUGGCUCGAGUACAAGUGACGAGGAAGAAGAAGACACUGCGAAAUCUAUCAUAGCUGUGGCACAGGACUCUGAUAUUAAAAACCAUACAAGCAUAAAUGAAAUGGAGAUGGUGGACAGAUCUGCGGAGUCUGUUUUGCCUAUGCCAUUGACUGCAUCUACUGGAUUUGUUUGACUGGCAUUUCAAUUUUCCGGUGCUCCCAAUUUACCACUCUCUUUCUUCUUCUAGCGGUUGUUUGUGACUUGUCAGCUUUUUGAGUUCAGCUUUGGGCUGAACUCGUGCUUGAUGUGCUUGAUUUGUAAUAGAAUAGGACCUCUAAUUGUAACAUUUACUUAAAAUGUUUGAUAGUUAGGAGUCUAAUCCCGUUACCAUAUUUGGUGAUCUGUGUGGAAGCUUUUCAGUAACAUCUUAGGGAGCUUGUCAAAUUCACUCAACUUGGAAUUUGGUGAAGUCAAUGUUUGUAUUUUAAUGAAGUUAAUGCUUGUGUUUUAA